AUGUCCUCGCUGUCUUCCUCCUCCUCCUCUUCGUCUCUCGACUCUCUCGACUCGUUUGACGCUUCCUCCUACUUCUCUUCUCUUGCUCGAAGGCGUCAACAGAAGAAUAUGAGCAUCACUCAGACAUACUACCUCGCUCACACCGCCCGUAGGAAGCUCACUCGUGAGGCUUCCCGGGCGGACCACGACCUGCGACUGCUCGUCGGCCACGCCAAUCUUCUCGAUUCGUUGAUGUUGGAUCUCGCCGAUGCCGAGCAAGAACAGGAACGCUGGUUUAAUCAGACUGUCAACGGCGUGUCCAAGUCGUCGCCGUCACCGUCGUCACCGUCCUCGCCGCUCGCCGAUACAAGACACAUUCAAUGGGCGGACACUAUCGUGGAAGAUCCAGAAGAUGAUUGGGAUCCGGAAGAUCUGUCGGAUGCGGACUCGGAUCUCAGUGAUGACUCCGAUUUUGAUGAGGAUGAUUUCGCGGAGGAGCGCUUCGCCGUUACCACACCCAUCCGGCGACCUACUCAAUCACCCGUGCCUUUCGUGACUGAACGCGAAGUCCCUGGGGACUAUGACGAUGGAUACUCCGACUCUGAAUCUGAAUUCGAAUACGAUGACGCGGAGGAUCUGGCACAUCUCACAUUGACGCGGUCGCCAUCGCGGCAAUCACCGCCUGAUCUCUCCUCAGACUCAGACGAGGAGUCUGAAGACGAUACCAUGCCUCCCUCUCCUCCUCAACAAACACUCGACACAUUUGCGGAUGACGAAAAGCAACCGCAGUCGAAUACCAUUCCACUAGACGCAGACCAAGCAGGUCUGUUCGAUCAAAGAUACUACGCUGCGUCCCAGUCGCAGGGUGCGAUUAUCGAAGCUUACUGA